AUGGCCCAGGAAGACCCGGUGCUGGUCCUGUCGGACACAGACAGCGCAGAGGACCUGGAGGAGGUGGAGCCCAGCUUCUCUGGAAUAAAUCUUAUUGCACAUGAAGUAAAUGAAAACCAAAGGAGUAUUGAAGAAAUCUGCAUCUGCUGUGGCAGUUUCCAGAUUCAUACCCAGCAUCCCUUGUUUCACGGAGGAAUUUGUACUCCAUGUACGGAGAACUUUCUGGAAACAUUUUUCCUGUAUGAUGACGAUGGCCUUCAGGCCUAUUGCACAAUCUGCUGCUCGGGGAAGACUCUGCUAAUGUGCGAUGACCCAACUUGUAAUAGAUGCUAUUGCCUAGAGUGUCUGGAUGUCCUUGUAAGUCCUGGUACUGCAGAGAAAUUUAAAGCAAUGAAUACAUGGUUGUGUUUCAUGUGCCUCCCCUUGAGUUCAAAUGGUUUGCUGAAGAGGAAGAAGAGAUGGCGUGCGAAACUGAAGUGCUUCUACGAUCAGGAAUCUAACCAUCUUGAGAUUUAUCAGCCUUUAUCCGCAUGGGAACGAAAGCCAAUCAAUGUUCUCUCCCUUUUUGAUAAUAUUACCCCAGAGAUGAAAAAUCUUGGAUUUUUGGGCAGCAGCAUGGGGGAUGGCAGGCUGAUAUACUUAGAUGAUGUCACCGAUGUUCUGAGGACAGAUGUAAAAAGAUGGGGUCCUUUUGAUUUCAUAUUUGGUUCCACUCCUCCGGUUGGAAAUUCCUACGAACACCCUCCCGCUUGGUACUUCUAUCAAUAUUACCGCAUCCUACAAUACGGGAAACCCCCAGAGAGCAGUCAGAGGCCAUUCUUCUGGAUGUUUGUGGAUAAUCUGGUGCUGGAAAAAGAAGACAGAGAGACAGCUUCGCGAUUCUUCAAGAUGGAGGCAGUGACUAUCCACAGGGAACAUGCAGAAACUGUCCAGAAUGCUGUGAUCUUGUGGAGCAACAUACCAUCUGUUAAGAGCAAGUAUUCUCUCUCAGACUUGGAUCUGGAUUUAGACCGCCUGGCAAAGGACAUCCUCAGAACAAGACUGUUCUCUCAACGACCAGCCACUCUAGUGAGGAAGUUUUUUCUUCCCUUGAGAGAAUAUUUUAAAUGUUUUUCACAAACAUCAAAGAUCUGGAUUAUCCCAUAAUACUGAAAAGAAAUUCUGUCACUUAAGGUCUGAUCCAAAGCCCAUUGAAAUCAAUGGGAUUCUUUCCAUUGACUUCAAUAGUCUUUGGAUCAAGCCCAUACUGCGGGAUUGCUCUGUCACAUUUAUUUCUUGAUGUUGUAUAACUAGCUCUCUUGUUUUGCCCAAGCAUGUUAUUUGUUUUCCUUUUGCUAUUGGAUGGGUUGCUGCACUUUCUUUCAUAGAUGUUACUUUAGGCUACAUAGAGCCAGUGUGAACAUGCUAUCUUUGAUUUGAUAGUUAACAGCUCAUUGAGGCCUUGAUCAUACAAAUUUUUGGGGAUGUGAGUAACUUUACUCAUGUGAGUAAUCUCAUUGAAUUCAUUGAGAUGACUCAUUUGCAGAAAGUUACUAAUAUACCGAAUCAUUUGGAGGAUCAGGAUUUAAGGUUGAAUUUUAUUUAAAGACACCUGAUUUUAU